AUGUCUAAAAGUCGUUUUACCGCUAUAUUCAGCUGCCUCACGCGCACGAAUUCUACAAAGGUGUCUAUAACCUCAUCCAUGGCGAAGUUACACCAAUUGUACACCAACUUCUGUAAGGAAACCACGCUACAUGGCCUCAAACACACCGUGGCUGGCGAUCUACACUUCUUAGAAAGGUUGCUUUGGUUUAUUCUAACUGUGUUCGCGUUUGCUGGUGCCGUUUACUGUGGUGUUAGCCAACUCGCGAGGUAUAACUCAGAACCAGUGGUAGUCUCCAUAGAGAGGGACUUCAGAGGCUGGUCUACAGACUUCCCUGCUAUCACCGCGUGUCUCUUGGAGAGAAUUGAUGAGGAUAAAGCGAAGGAGGUUAUAUAUAGGAUUUGGAAUGUAACAGAAGAAUCGGAUUCAGACAGGUACCAAUAUUACUACGAGUUCGUUGACCUCAUAGCCGAAAUAUCCUUCAGGAAUAAUUUGCAGAACUUCUGGAAGUACCAGAACGAUGAUACUGUCAAAGAUAUAGAUUUGCUACAGCUGGCCCUGGACGUGCAUCCAGAUUUCCAGCUGAAGAUUACAACUUCGCAGAAAAUGGAGGUCCAAUGGAUGCAAGUGAUGACUGAAGAAGGUCUUUGCACCACAUUUAAUUCGGUUUACGCUCAGUAUCAGAUAGUGAAUGAUGAUUUAUGGAAACCGCAACCUCUGUUGAAGUGCCAUUACCACAGCGAAGCUUGCUUUGUAAGGAUUGAUAGUGUAGAAAGUAGUGCCAGGUAUUUUAUUCAUUCUCCUUUCGACAUUGCAACCGCCAUAUCUAAUCCAACGGGCGAAAUAUUGCCCGGAGAUGAAUUAGCUACGGAUUUUAAGGUUGUAGAAAUUCAGGCAGCUGAGAGAAUUAAAGGUUUGAGACCAGAACAAAGAAGAUGCAGAUAUCCAGACGAAUGGGUCGCUAAUUCCAUUAAGGCUUAUAGCUUUGGAUUGUGUCAAAUGCACUGUCGCAGCAGAAUGGCGGUAAUGUUCUGUGGUUGUCGACCAUACUUCCACGUAAAAGGAGGCGAGUAA